AUUGGCUGGCGCUGCUAGUUUCAGUCAGAAUGUCGUUUGAAGCUUGCGGCUGUGAAGCCCCUUUUGUGGGCCUUUCUGUGGCUGAUCAAUGCUCUGGAGAUCAGUAUGUGGCCUUUAUGAGCUUGGUGGAUCUGCUUAUAAGAUACGCUUGCAACAUCUCGGACCCCUGCAAUCGCGUGGUACCCAAAACUCAACCAGCCGAAGAAUACGACUUCAUUGUAAUCGGUGGUGGUAGUGGAGGUGCGACGAUUGCAGGCAGAUUGGCCGAAGUUUCCCAAUGGAACACCUUGCUGCUGGAGGCUGGAACGGAUGAACCUCCUGCUGCCCAGGUUCCGGCCCUACCUGCCUUCACCAAAACCAUUCUAGAUUGGAACUUCACUGCUGAGCAGGAGACUGGCGCAUGCCUGUCUUCGGAUGGGUACUGCUCAUGGUCCAGUGGGAGAGUUUUAGGUGGAACCAGCUCGAUCAAUGGCAUGGUGUAUGUGAGAGGAACGCCUGCAGACUUUGAUAAAUGGGUGGAAGCAGGAAACACUGAGUGGAGCUACGAGGAGCUACUGAAAUAUUUCAAAAAGUCCGAAACCAAUCGGCAGGUGGGAAGUUUGGUUUCCGAUGAGUUUCAUGGCACUGAAGGGCCAGUCACCAUCGAGCAAUAUCCCGAUAAUAUUCCUCUGGCUGAUGACCUUUUAGUAGCAGCCGAUCAAACGGGUUUCCCAGUAGUUCCAGAUCUGAAUGGGGCUGAUCUUGUGGGCUUUUCCCGGAUUCAGGCGUAUAAUCGGAAUGGCGUUCGAAUGAGUUUGGCCAAGGCGUUUGUGCGGCCACAUAAAGACGACGCCCACUUUCAUGUCAUGCUCAACUCCACAGCCACCAGGAUCCUCUUGAGUGGGGAGGGCGACGAAAAGAGGGCGACAGCAGUGGAGUUUGUCUAUGAGGGCAAAACCUACACUGUCAAGGCGAGGAAGGAAAUCAUUGUGGCUGCAGGUGCCAUCCAAACGCCUCAUCUGCUGCUGCUAUCUGGAAUCGGGCCUAAAGAAGAACUGGAAGCGYCUGGAGUCGAGCCAGUCCACAACCUGCAAGGUGUUGGAAAAGGCUUAUCCAACCACAUCUCGUUCGGCUUCUACGUUUCCCUCAAUGUGCCCAACUUUGUGGACCUCAACGCUGAGACCCUGGAGGAGUACUUAACGAACCAAACUGGGCAUUUGAGUGGCAAUGGAGUCAGCCAGAUAUCCGCCCGACUGGCGAGUGCAUAUGCAGAACCAGACGAUCCAGACUUGUCUUUAUACCUGGACAGUUGGAAAAACACCUGCGCCUAUUCCGCGGAAUCCGGAUUGCCUGAGGAUCCAGAUGAUCCAGCAGAUAAUCGGAAACUGUGGAUUUCAGUCACUUUGCUGCACCCACAGAGCACUGGCUAUGUGGGUUUGGCCUCCAACAAUCCUGCCGAUCCGCCUAGAAUAGUGGGCAACUACCUGAGUGAGCCGGAGGAUGUUAAAAUCAUCACCUCCGGCAUCCGGUUGGUGCAGAAGUUCAUCGAGGCGCCCGUUUUGAAGGAGAAAUACAACGCCUCCCAGGUUUGGAUGGACUAUGGAAGCUGUUCCCAACAGUUCGAAGUGGAUUCGGAUGAGUUUUGGGAGUGCGCCAUUCGCUACCAAACGCACAUUGUGGGACAUCAGUGCGCCACUUGCACCAUGGGUCCUGAUCCAGAAUUAGGCGCUUGCGUUAACCAGAACCUCCAGGUCCAUGGGGUUGCCAACCUGCGGAUAGCUGAUGCCUCAGCGAUGGUGCCACGCAUUUCUGGAAACACUCAGGCUAUAGUGGUUGCUAUCGCUGAACGCGCCAAUCAGUUCAUCAGGGAAAUGUAUCUGGAUCAGCAGGUUUAAGCCUAGUUGUUUUCCUGAAUUUCCUUCUGCUGUACUAAAAUGAGUGUUAU